AUGGCCAUGAUGCCGCAGGUAUCAGUCACGCUGUGGGUGUUGAUGGAUGCAGUGACAUCUGUGGUAGCAGAGGUGAGCAGAGGUGGAGGCUGGGAGAGACUGGCUCGGGUCGGCGCCAACUAUAAAAAUCCUCUUAGUUUCAGGUUUCCGCGAGCCCCACACUUCCUGGUAGCAGCAGAGGACUGGCCACCUCACGUCUACCUCCACACUGACCCUAGCGGGUCAAUCCAGGUCACGGGACCUAUGGGUCAACUCCUCGACGCUCUGGCUGCCUCGCUUAACUUUACGUACAGUGUUGUACCAGGUGAUGGAUACUGGGGAGCUCCACAGGAGAAUGGAUCUUGGAACGGCAUGAUAGGCACAGUACUGAGGAAGCAAGCAGAUCUAGGUCUAGGACCGUUUGGUAUGUCUUACACCAGGAGCGAAGUAGUGGAUUUCACCAUCCCUGUCUUCUUGGAGAUGUUGCAUGUUUUAGUCUCUCGACCUCUACCCAUGCCUGAUCCUUGGGGCUUCCUGGCACCCUUCACGUGGUACGUAUGGGUGGCUCUGCUGGUGGCACUGCUGGCUAUUAUAACAACCAGUGUGUUCAUCGUAAGAGCUCUGGGCUUCGGUGGGCCGCUGUCUGCUGCUCAACAUGCCUGGGCGUUUUACAGUAUCUCUUUUACGCAGCCUGUGCCCUGGCUGCCUGUGACUGAGGCUCUGCGCUUCACCUUCAUCUUGUGGUUGUUCAUCUGUCUGGUGGUCAGUCGCAGCUACAGUGGAGCGCUGACGUCCCAACUAGCAGUGAAGACGCUGACAGUGAAGUAUGACUCGCUGAGAGACGUUCUUGAUGACCAUAGCCUAACUCUGCUCAUGGAAGGCUCUACGGCUCUCACUGCUCACCUUCAGACGGCUACUGAAGGGGUGUAUGGAGAGUUGGCUCAAGCCAGUCGUGUUAGAGCUAAGUUCGUGCGAGCCACCGAGAUGUACGAGGCAGCUUACACCCUCAUCCCUGACGGUCACCAUGCUAUGCUCGUCGAGAAUGUUGUUUGUAGGAAGAUCUACUCUGACUUCUUCAGUGCUAAAGGUCGCUGUAACUUCUACAUGUCCACCGACAACUUUUGGAAAUUGAUCUACGCUAUGGUGGUGCAGCGAGGUAGCCCCUUACGUCAGCUCCUCAACUCGAGGAUCCGGGCACUGGGAGAGUUUGGCAUCUACGACCUCUGGGUAUUGAGUCAGAUGCCCAAUAUGACCCAUUGCCUGAAAACGCCGAGAAAGGUCAAGUUUCAGGAACCUUACUCCAUGGCUGACCUCUGGGCUCUGUUUCUGCUGUUGAUCUCCGGUGCUGUUGCUGCUGCUGCUGCCUUCUGCUGUGAGCUCCUGCUGCCCCCCUCCACUCUUCACUAGCGCUGUUUCACUCACUAGUGCUGCGUUCCCUGCUUCUCACUGGUGCUGUUUCUCUCACCCUUCAUCAGUGGUAUUUCUUCACACCACGCCAGUAGCCCAGGUAUCCCAC